ACUAUGUCUUUCAACCGACCGGAUAAAGACCCUUUAUAACUCCAUAUGACUCUGCCUCACUAUGUCACAACUGCAAAUGCCAUGGAAACGCAAACUAAAAACAUCAUGCGAAAGGAAAGCAGAAAGAUGAACCACGCAAUAUGUAUCAUAACCUUUGUUGGAUACAAAAUUGAGACAUGUCGACCAUGUAAGGAUUACCCUAAACGUAUACUGUACAGUACAAGGGCUAAAUAAUGGCAAAAUCAGAGUACAAGACUCUCUUACUCAGACCAUCCAUGAAGCCAAAUUCAAUAAUAAAACAUGGUUCCUUUGAUCAAAGUAUACGAACGUGGUCUCCUGAUGUCAAUAUGCUUGUAUCAUCAUCGCGUUGGCUCGAGAUGUUCGGACUUCGAAAUUACAAGCUGGAAAUGAAACAGAUUUUAUCAAAAAUUGGAUUCAAACAAAGUGAGGAUUACGUGAAGUCUCUUCAAAGACUUGUUUCAGCAAGUUAUUCAAAAGGAUUGUUUCCACAGUACGCAUGUGAGGACGGAACAAAGUACAAUUUGUUAGAUUCCUCCGACAAACUGAAAGAAGUAGAUACACAAUUGCAAAGAGUUUUGGAGUUUUAUCAUGAACGACUAAAAUGGUUAACAACAUCGAGCCGUCUCAUGUUUGGUGUGAUAGAAGAACGGACCGUCACCAUAGUUCUUGACUUUCACACUUCGACUGAAGUCGAUCGAGAUGUUGUCAAAUAUUCUCUAUUCAGUUUGGUUAAAGAACAACUAAUUCAUUUGAAGCGGUUUAAUUUCAUUAGCUGUGCACAAUUCCCUAUAAAAUGGCAACGAGCAUCAGUUGAAGUGUCUCUCGAAAGCAUCGAGAAAAUAUUGGAUUGGAUUUACGACAUUCCAUGUAACCAAAGUCACGAUGAGCAAUGUGUCAUAGACGCUUUGGUUGAAGCUUCUGAAGACGAGGUCGAGGCAAUUCUCCUUUGCACUGAUGGUACAUGCUUUGAAGAAAUAGACGAAAACUUUAGAAAGAAUGUAAAGGAUCUUUCCAUUCCCGUACAUAUCAUUGCUAUGAAUUGUAAAUUACCAUCAGCCUUGCACGAGUUGAGAGAGACAGCAAUUUACUGUCAAGGCAGAUUUCAUAAGUUUAAGUUUUCAACAUCCGAUCACAGUAGUGCCCCCAUGAACGAACGACAACGUGGACCAGAAAGCAUGACCAUCGUUGAUCACAGUAAAAUGCAGGCCAAACUUGAAGUUGGAAAACAGGUCGAUGUCAUUGAAAUGAAAAAGGAACUCGGUAAAACUCGCGAAAAUUUAGCUACAGUGAGAAGAAUACAACAAUAUCUCAGUCAGCAGCGUGCAUUAAAAAGUUCUUCUGCUGAGCAAGAAGAGAAAGCUAAACAAAAUAAGGAAAAGAUUCCGUGCGAGACGUACAUGGGUUCCAAGGAAUGGUUAAAGAAACACAGUUUGGAUGCGAAAAAGCUCGGAUUUUACGACGUUUUAAAAAACAUGGCCUUUAAGCACUGCGACGGUGUUAUUGACGUGCCUAAUCACCAUGGUGAUGGUGUCAUUUCUCCACCCGUUUCGAAGUUAGUCCAUGCUAAAUAUUGCGAAAAGUUUGCUCAUGUCAGAUGGAAGGAUGGAGAGAUUCGUCACGUUCAUGUCACUUCUGAAGUAUACGAAAACUACAAGCGUAGAAUAAGUGCUGUGCUCGACUCGUAUUACAAAAGAAUCCAAUGGCUUCGAAGGGGUAGUCGUGAAUUGUUUGGAACGAUAAUUGAAGAUCAGGUGACUAUUUUGAUCGAUACAUCGGCAUCAAUGAGAUCGCGUCUUUCUUUGGUUAAAGAGAAACUACAUCAACUUCUUCAGGAACAAAUCAAGCACAAACGAAAGUUCAAUCUGAUUCAUUUUGACUCGAGUGCGAUAGGAUGGCGAAGUCGUAUUGUUGAUUGCACAGAACAGAGCAUAAGCGACGCAUGGCUGUGGGUGAAAGGUUUGAAAGUUGGUGGUAGCACGAACACGUUGGCAGCCUUGAAAUUGGCGUUAGCUGAUGAACUGUGCGAGGCUAUUUAUUUAUUAACCGAUGGCAGACCUGAUCAACCAACAAGCACCAUCUUAGCCCAGAUUCAUUUGCGAGACCCAAUUCCAAUUCAUACUAUAUCUUUCAAUUGUUCUGAUGAAACAGCAAAUGAGUUCUUACGUAAACUAUCGGAGCAAACUCGUGCGAGAUUCCAUUACUUUUCUGAGGACGAGGAUGCUGAAGAUUGUGUCAAAACAUACGAGAGUGAAGAUAUUCGUCUGAUCAAAGAUGAAAUCGAUAAAGGAAGUCGAGAUCUUGAGCGACUAACAAGACUACGGGAAUGGUGUGCAAAGCUUGAUUGGGUUAGCAACAAUGUGAAAGAGAACAUGAGCCCACCUAAUUUGACUAGUCUUACCAAGAAACAAUCCAGUACGCUACCAUUAUUGAAAUCGAAUGAGCGUCCUUCAAAGCCACGUGUGGUAGGGAGGAUAAAUAAGACGAAAACUCUGAAAAAAGUUGAAAAUAGCGUAAGUAGUUCUGAGAAUGUUAACCUUUCGUCAUCUGAGGAAGAUAUAGAUGACAAGAAGAUUGAAAAGAAUCACGUGGAUGAUGAUGACUUGAGUAUCAGGCAAGCAUCAUAUACUAAUGAUGAGGAAGAAACAAAAAAAUCUGCGAAGGAAAUUGAUGACGAUAGGGUGAAAGCACAGAUUACGAAAUCUACGGAAGAAGUUGAUGACGACAACAAAAAAAAGAAGAUGCAUAAAAAACUCAAAGUCAAGCAGAAGAAGGAUACGAGAAGGAAAGUCAUUCCGCAUUCCUGCAUUAAAGAUAACCUACCUACAGUUGAUAAAACAAAUACAAGAGCCAACACAGAUUCUAGCAUUAAUAAACCAAAAAAGCCGACAGACCAGCCAAAAACGCCAUGGGUUAGAAAUCAUCGAGUGUUAGCAAGAAAUAAUGUAGACGGCUUCUAUUAUCCAGGAAUACUUCGAGUCAACAUUAAUCCUCGCUACGGUGAUGUGUCUUUUAAUGGUAUGGAGAGUCAGGUUGUUUCGCUUCGUCAUAUCAUACCGAACGAAGGAUCUCGUCCUUGUCCUACAUUAAAGAUUGGCGAUUAUGUUCUCGUAAAGUUGGUUAGAAGUGGUCGUCCAUCAUGUUAUGUUCCAGGUGUUGUGUACGUUGUACCACUGCGGCAAUCCAAAGAAACUAAGUAUUACACGAUUAUUCACUACAACCGCUUCAAGACUACAGCACUCCGUAAAGAUAUUGUAAAGAUCUCCCAAUCUCGAUACGCCUUUUCAUGUCGCUACAUUAAGGAUUGCGAAGUGACUGCUAAUGAAAGCUCAUCAAUUCCUAUCUUUAGUACAACACACGACGGUGUUGAUGGUGAUCAAGAGCAACACGAUCAAGAUGAAAGCAGCAACAGAAGUAGAAGUCCUGCUAUAAACAGCAGCAUCAGUGAAGAUGGUAAACAAACCAAUUCAGAAAGAAUGGACAAUGAUAAUGAUUCCAAAAACAAGGCACUAAAUUCACGUCAUGAUUCUGGCUAUGACGAUCUAACAACAAUACGACAGCAGCUGUUUGACACUCAUAAGCUGCAAUUGAAGUCAAUCGAGGAACAACAGAAACGCUUCGAAGAACUUCAACGCGAAAUAAAAGUUACGAUGGAUGAACAGACCAAGUUGCAGGAAAAUUUAAAGGGGCACUAUGACAAAAUAAAGAACAGAAAUAUUGACGACACUUCUGUUAAUAGUGAUGUUAUUGAUGACGAAGUAAGUAAAUACAAAAAACUUUUCGACGAAAAACAAGCGGAGAUUAUGAAUGAUUUGAAAAAGCACAAUAAACUGCUCGAGCAGUUGGUACAUCCCCCGGACCAAGUAUCAAAAAAUCAAACUGAAAAUAGCUCUAAUGCAGAGAAAUUGAAAAAGAAGAAACAUUCUAGAGAAAAAAAGAUGGCAAAAGGAAAAUCCAACUCAUCAAACGAUAGCACCAGUUCCAAUAACCGGUCUUCUUCAGACGAGGAUAAUAAAAAGUCUGCGAUUUCACAACCGGCAGAAAAAAAUCUUUCAAAGCCACAAGAUGAUGGGAUGCCGUCGAAAAUCAAGUUUUCUAUUCAAUCCGACGCUUGUCUUUGGACUAAGGGACCUCACGGUUUACUUAUUUCUCGUGCACCAUUGGAAAAAGAUCCUGCUGUUGCAAAAAGACGUGUCCCUCUUACUUUACAAAAGGGCGAAGAGGUUUUGGCACGAUGGUCUGAUGAUGGCUGGUACUAUAGAGGAACUGUGCACGAGGACAAAGGAGGCAACUACCUUGUCGAAGAUAGUGUUGGAAACAUGGAAGAAAUAUCCAGGGAGGAUAUAAUCACUGACGAUGAUGACUCGCCUAAUUCAUUGAAAGUGAACGAUGCCGUCAUCGCCCUACACCCAAGUUUCUCAUUCAGCUAUGCACCAGGUAUUAUAGUGGAUGUAAAAGAUCAACUUCUCUACAAUGUUCGCUUCUACGACGGUCGCGAAAAUAUCAUACCGCGCGAAGAGUUGUACCUUAUAGCUCCAGAAAAAUUCUCCUUCGAUGUUGAUUAUAUUGUGCGUCGUGAGGAGAGCCUAGUAGGCAAGGCUGUUGUUGCUAGGAACGAUGGCGAUGGUUUAUUUUACUUGGGAAAUGUUUGUUCUCGUGUUGGAAAUGGUCGACAAUAUGUCGUUCAGUGGCCUGACUGGAGUUCUCAGGUUCAGAGUUCGUCCAUGAUUUUUGGCGCUCAUACCAAACGACAUCAGUUAGCAGAGGGAGAUAAAGUUUUAGCUUUGAAUGAUACCGCAAAAGGAUUAUACAAGCCUGGAAUAAUUACUGGUGGUACAGAGAAAAGUUUGACUGUGAAAUUUACCGGUCAAGAAAAAACUUUCCAGGUGGAUCCACUACAAUGUUUCUGGCUUUCAAAUGACUACUAUGAAAGAGCAGAGGAUUACAUAGCUCAGUUGCACUGAUUCCUCGAAGAUGACAAUCCCAGAAGAUUUUAUAGCAAGUUGGUCGUGGCACAGCAAGACAUUUUUUACAACUACAGCAGAAGGAAUGCUUUCUAAAAUUAGCAAUUUUAUAUUGUCUUAAAGAUAUUUUGUGUAAUGAACAACUUUAAAAAGAUCUUGGGAACAACAAACUGACUCAAUUCAAUUUAAGAAGUUAUUGCAUUAUUUUGAAUGGUUGUUAAAAUGUAACCAGAAAACUGUUGGGUAGAAAUUUCGUAACUGUUCUCAUUUUCAUGUCAUGCAGUAAUUAGCUAGGCAGUGUAAAUUCAUUUUCAGUGAAAAUUUUAAAAAAGAUAACGCUUACCAUAGCCAAUAAAAGUAGUGCUGUGACGCAUACAAACACAA